AUGGAAGCUUCAAUGAGGUACAUCUGUGUUCUAGUUUUUCUUGUGAUUAUGGCCAUUGCUGGGUUCAAUGGAGCAGAUGGAUCUGAUAAUUAUUAUGGUCCAUGUGGGAAACAUGACAUUGAGAAGGAAGCUGAGAAGCUGGCUCCUUGUACAGAGGCAGCAAAAUAUGUGGAAGCUCCAGUUUCUGAGCGUUGCUGCACUGUAAUGGAGAAAAAGCUCAAGAAUCCAAGCUGCCUUUGUGCUAUUAUGUUUUCUAAUACAGCAAGGAAAGCUGGAGUCAAGCCAGAAGUUGCCGUGACCAUUCCAAAACGCUGCAACAUUCCUCAUCGUCCUGUCGGUCACAACUUUCCCACUGGUUUAGGUGUGAAGACUCCCAUGGUUUCUCUUCCUGUACUAAAACUACUUGGUAUCAGCAGUAUCAAUUGUGCGGAUUUUGUCCUUGUUGCUUGUCAAUCUUAG